AUGGCUUCCGAACCUGAUACAAAACUGGCCGUCGGUGCCAAAAUGAGGAACGAGUUCUUUGGUAGCAAGCAUCUCGAAGAACUGCGACGCGAUGCAGUGAGUGGCCAGCCUUACUCCCCUUUCGUGUGGAAGGAUGAUAUAUUCACCAAGACGGCGUCCGAGUUCAUCUCCGAAGUCUGUUUCUCCAGCUAUUCCAGGCCUGGCCUCAAAUUCCGAGAGCGGUCCCUGAUGAACAUCGCUAUGCUCGUCGCUUUGAAUCGCGCGCCAGAGUUGAAGAUCCAUCUCCGAGCAGCACUGCACAAUGGCAUCAGUGAAGAGGAACUCUGUGAGGCCUGCCGGCACACGAUGGUCUAUUGUGGUGUUCCCGCGGGUAGAGACGCCUUGAAGGCGGCGAGUGAAGUGGUUACGGCAUUGAAGGACUCGGGAGAGCUGCCCUGA